UUAUAGGAUUGGCAUUGUUAUAUGGAACAUUUAUAGUGAUGACAUACUUUUCAUAUGGCAUUCCUUCACAAGACAUUAUUGCUACAAAUGACAGUGUUAUACAGUUGAUGAAAAAACCAUCAGAAUUUCAAAAUAUCAUCUCUGUUCCAGUUCCAAUUAAAAUUGGUGAUAUUGUACCAAAUUGUGGACUUAAACUUCCAUGCAAAGAUAAUGAAUUUUCUGUUCAUAUUUAUACUGGAAAAGAUCAUAAUGAUCAACCUAAAUUAUGUGUUGAUGGAAAAUAUAUUAUUUCCAAAGAAAUUAACGGAGGUGGUCGAGGAAUUAAUGUUGCAGUCAUAGAUAAUGUUACUCAAACAGUAGUACGUGUUAGUCAUUUUGAUACAUAUGAAAGAGGUAUUUAAUUUCAUUGUUUUUCUUUAUAAUCUAACAAAUAAUAACAAAUAAUUAACAAAUAAUCUCUAAUUUAAUUGUGGCUAAAAUUUAUGACUUUUACAAAGAUUUUCUAUUAAACUUUUCUGUUUUUCAAGACAUAAUUUAUGAUUAAUACAUUAUACAAAUUGAAAAAAUAUCAUAUUUUGAUAUUAUUGCUAAAGAACUGGUGGAAAACCAUUGUAUGUUAGUAG